AUGGCCGAAAACCAGCAACCUUCCUUGGCUGCCGGUUUGCGCGUGGAGCUGCUGUGCUCCUUAGACCAGCUGCAGCGUGAUCGGGACCGUCAGCCAGACUCCUCUGCGAGCCGUUUUUUGUUCUGCGGGGGGGGGGGGGCGAGAAGAAAGCAGCUCCCACGAAGCUCCUCAGAACUGGCUCCCAGGGAAGCGCAUCGACUGGGUGAGGAGUUGGCGGCGACGGUGGCAGAACCCCGCGGCCGAGUCCUCCGAGGCGCUCCUGGCCAGCAGAGGGCGCCGGCUGCGUCCGACCGAGCGUGCCUCCGCCUCCGCUGCUCCUUCGCCACCGAGCUGAGAGGAAGCGGGGGAAAGGACGGGCACGGGCCGAGCACCGAGGAGCAGCGGCAGGGCCGGGGCUGCGGGCGCCCGGCGGAGGCAGGUAGCGUGGCGUGCGCGAGCUGGUGCAGGAAAGCCGCUUUUUUGGGGGGGGAGGGGGUUUUGCUAAGAGAGGCCGGGGUCGGGUCCGAAGCUCCACCAGCUCCCCGUGCAAAUCCCCCAUGGACUGGGAAGCCUUAAGUCUCACCUAGUUCAGUGUUGCUGUCCGUGGCUUCUUUUUAUUUGUACCCACCAAAGGGGCGGGUUGCAAGAACCCCACGCGUGCGUUUCCUUGGGAGUGAAGGCUCCGUUGAGCGAAGGCUGCAGUCCUAUGCACACUUUUCUGGAAGGAAAACCCCGCUGAAAAACGCGGCACCGUUAAUAUUUAUUUCCGAGUAAAUAUGAGGCGUAGAAUAGGGCUGGAGGUGUCUGCAGUCGUAAGGUCACUUACCUACUGAACUUACGGGGCUUGAUUUUAAAUGAUGAUCACCUAGGAUCUGGCUGCAGCACCAGUUGUCCACCGGGAUAACUUACGUGGAAAGUUUCACUCAUAGGAUUGAACUGUAAAAGCAAUAUAUGAUAUUCUAUGAAUGUUAUAGGGGAAAACUCUUUAAAAAAACCAACAACCCCCUCUGAGGUUUAACUCCAGUUCCCUUCCCCAUCGGAACUUGUUCCAACAAUCUGGGGUAGGGAUAGAUCCCCCCCUUAUUUAAUGAUGUGUUUAUGCACAAAUGGUUUUGGUUGUACAGAUCUCAGAAAUAGUAACUAUUGUAGAAGUAUCUGUGAAGGAAGAGUAUGGCACUGUUCUCUUUUGUGUGUUUGUGGUUCACACCCGUUUCAGAGAAAAUGAAGUUGUAUGGUUCAUCGCUUCCACACAACUGGACACCAAGGGCUUAUGAGGUGGAGGAGAAAAAAAGUGUGUAUGGUGGUGGAGAAAAAUACAGAUUUUUGGUGGAGGAGGGAACACCCUCUGCCGACUUUUAAAGUUUUAAUUGUUAAUUUAUAGUAUUCUUGGGCUGCCUUUAAAGGUAAAACUACUCUCAAGGCAGCUUGUAGUAAAAUGCAAUGAAAUACAACUGUACACAUAAGACCAUCAGAAAUAACAAUACAACAGUACCAAGUCCCAUCCCCUUACUACCUGAGAUUGCUUUUUAAAUUAAAAAAAUGAGGGGUUGAUACUCACAUAUUGAUAAAGGUUCCAUGGGUGCCAGCACAAAAUGUCUUUGAUGGGCAGCAAAAGAAGAGGUAAGGAUCUGGUGAGUGCUGUCAUGAAAAAGGCCCUGUUCCUGAUUAUAAACACAAUGAUCUGGAGAACUGUAAACCAACUUUGGAAACAGCAGUUGAGAACAAGUGAGUCUUUAGGGCUUUGCAGAACACCUGACGUGACAGUGUCUGUUGGAGUGCAGGUGGCAAUGGGUUUCAGAGAUAUGAGGGUCAGUGCAGAAAAGGCCCUUUGCCCUUUAAGUGCUUGGUAUCUUGCAGGUUAUAGUCUAGUUAUAGGGGAGUGGACAUUUCCCCAUUGUUUGGCAAAGGUGACCACUGCUUCCAAUAAGAAGAGCCAAUGCAUGGCCUUUUUUUGUUGUGACACAGCUCAAAUGGGAGAACAGUAAGGACUUCCUUCUUUUGCUGCAAUAUUUAGGACUGGACAAGUUUUAAGACAGCAGUAUUAUGUUGGUCUUGCAGAUCAUGGUACGUAUUACUGAAUUCGUAUAGCUCUUUGUGACACUAUGCAGGGAGUUAGCAACAACAUCUGCCAUUUUGGCUUAUAUUAAACUGUUUGAUUGCCGCUUGGCUGCAUAGGAUGGGAAAGGAUUACAUAUGAGCUGAAAACAGGGGAACUGGGGAUAGCUGCAACACUUUUCUCUCUGUAUGUGGUGCUGAGAGGCUUUACAUUGCCUUUGAGCAGUGUGUGUGUAACACACACACACACACACACACACACACUGGGAUUGCAUCCCACAGAUGUGUAUACGUAGUGCGUAUGAUCCAUUCAUACAAUAUACUGGUAAUUGGUCCCCUAUUUAUAUGGUGGGACUCUGGACAGUUAUGAAAUCUGUAUAAGCAACUUGCAUGGCUCACUUCAGGUACAUGUUCAUACAAGUGCAAGAUGCAUUACCAGUAGAAUACAGGCUAAGCAGAGCACUUUUAAGCCCUAGUUCAGAGAAUUAAGGGGAAAUGGGGUUUAAAAAUGCUUAACUUAAUCAGUUAUGAACUAUGGUGAAUAAAUAUUAUGUUAAUGAUUAGAACCUGGUUCUCUUGAAAAAAAAUUUAAAUAAAAAAAACAACAUCUGAAGCUCUUUCUACAGUACAGUGGUGCCUCGGGUUACAGACGCUUCAGGUUACAGACUCCGCUAACCCAGAAAUAGUACCUCAGGUUAAGUACUUUGCUUCAGGAUGAGAAUAGAAAUCGUGCUCUGGCGGUGUGGCAGCAGCAGGAGGCCCCAUUAGCUAAAGUGGUUCUUCAGGUUAAGAACAGUUUCAGGUUAAGAACGGACCUCCAGAACGAAUUAAGUUAUUAACCUGAGGUACCACUGUACUUCUAAUGUCAUUGUUUAAUGCAUGGGGAGGUGGAUUACUAAUUCUUAUUGAAGAAUACUCAGCUUUUAGGAAUCUUGUAAAACUAAUUAGUUACUGAGCCAAACUGACUGUUAAAUCUUUUGUUCCAGGGUAUGCUAUGACGGGUUGCAGAUUGCCGCUUGGUGCUUUUAGAAAUCUAAAUGUUUGGCUUGGUCUCUUGGAGAACUCUCCUUAUAAACUCUGCACACCCUGGAAAAGGCUUCUUUAUUCUGCAAGCCAGCAGCAAGUAACGGCAAUUACCCCAAAACAUUUAUGUGUUUCUCCUUUAAAACACCAAGUAUUUUUAACACCAUUGCCCAAAAGUGCACUGAGGAUUUCUGUACGUCUCAAAAGCAACAAAAGUUAUCGGAAGAACGCAAAACAAAGUGUGCCAGAGGAGACUGAGGAGGAAGAUGAAAACGAAGAGAUAAGUGAUUCAGAAGAUGAGUUUGAGGAUGAUCCUACUAUAGUGAAAGAUUACAAAGAUCUCGAAAAAGUAGUACAGUCUUUUCGAUAUGAUGUAAUAAUGAAAGCUGGUCUAGACAUUGCAAGAAAGUAAGUAUAAUAAUUUGUAAAUAAAAUAGAUCAAAAGAGGUAGCCAAUGGUUUUCUUUUAUGUUCCUUACUACUAAAGCUAGUUGUAGAUUAUCAUCUGCCUUUUUCAUCAGGAAUAAAGACACUGGAAAUUUGUCACUUCUACCAUUAAGAAAUGCUUUCAGAAAUUCCUACCAGAGUAGACUGCCCAGUUAAAAAAAUAAACGGGACCCUUUGAAUUAGCAAAUGCAAUUUUAAUAACAAAAGAAAUCUCACUUUAAAACUUACUGAAGAGUCUGUACUUCAAAAAUUUCUAACUUGCAGUCCAGUGACCUUGCUUUCAAACCUUAAGCUUUGCUGGCACUAUGACGUACCCAGUAUUAAACUUUGGUUUAAUAUAUGAAAGCUUUACUUAGACUUAAGAAUUACAGCAUUGAUUCUACCUCUCUAAGGCCCUGUUCUUGCCUGUUGCACAGACAUUGUGCUUCUAAAUCUGCCAUGUUAGAAGAGAUAUGUGCAGAAGUAGCUGAAGGUGUUUUACUGGCUAUGUGUAUUAAUGGUGGCUUUUUUUAUGGGACAGUAGCAGUGGUUAAUGUAUAUGUAAGAAAAAUUAAGGAUUCUUUUCGUUUCAAAGCAAAGUGGAAGAUGCGUUCUAUAAUGGCGAACUCAGGCUGAAUGGAGAGAAACUAUGGAAGAAGAGCAGAGCGGUAAGGUUUUCCAGAAAAUAGUUUAUGUCUUAAACUGAAAAGAGGUUAUAUGUCAAAAACUCAAAUUAUCUUUAACUGGCAAAUGCUUAUCCACAUUAUCCCAUUCCACACAUACAAUAUUUAUAUUACUAGAAUAAUAGAUCCUCAUAAAGGGCACACUUGUUUGCAGGAUCAGCACCUAGGAUAAAGGUUGCCACCUGCUGCACCUUCACUGAGUUACUAGGAAGAGUUUAAAACAUCAAAAAUAGGAACGUCCGGCCUACCCUAGUUAAGUGAGUGGAUGAUUUCAGUAGUAUGUGGAUUGCACCCUGUCUUGCCUUGUUUAUAGUACCACAGUCAAAGAUGAAGAGCCGUUGUGAAAACUCGACCCUCCAUUUUAUUGGAUCAGAUUCAGACUGGUGCAGUAGAUGGGCCCAAAUGGGUCCCAUUUCCAGUGGAUCCAUUGCUGAUCCUACUUCAUUUCCCAAAGCCCUCUUCCGGGGCCUUAUGCCAGUAACUAUUGGCAGUAGCUUCCUAACCCCUCACAAUUUGGGUGGGUGCAUCAGGCCUCAAAUGCCUGAAAGGCUGCCUCCUCUACAGACCCUCUUCAGUGUUGACAUCAGUAGAGAGGGCCUGUCUGGUAAUUCCACCGCCCUCAGAAGCUAAGGAUUGUUGGCCUGGGAAAGAGCAUUCUUUGGGCAUCCCCUAAGUUGUGGAAAUCCCCAGAGUUCACUAUACAGUUUUCAACUUAUGCUGAAGAGGCACCUCUUUCCCUUGGAUUUUGACACUUGAGAUGUAUAUUUUGAAGACAACCCCCCCCCCCAGUAUUAUGAUUGUAAUUCAUAAUUUGUUUUGGAUUGGGGUUCCUUUUUGCUCUAUUUUAAAUGGUCGCACACCACCCGGGAACCUUAGGGUAAACAGCAGGUAACAAAUCAAUUUAAUAAUAAUAAUAAUAAUGGUGGCAGAGCCUAUUGAAGCCGAGGACUACCUCUGCCUGUUCCUCACUUCCUCUUGCAGCGCAGAUUGGGGGUUAAGAUUGCACUGUAAUACUUCAAUGAUGCCAUCGGAUUUUGUGGAACUACAACAGCUUGUGCCACCGUAGAUUAAGGACAUAAAAGCCCUGCUGCAUCAGGCUAAAGGCACAUCUAGUGAAGUAUCCUGUUGUCAGUUGCCCACCAGAUGCUGAUAGGAAGCCCAUACCAUAAGCAGGACCUGGGUUCUUCCCAUUUCAUUUCCCAGCAACUGAUACAUUCUCUGCCUAUCCCCCCCCCCCACCCUUGGCAGUCCUCUUUGAGGUGCCACAAGACUCUUAGGCCAUGGUUGCUUGGAAAUCUCCAUAUUGUCCUCACUGCAGAAGCUCACAAGACAGUAGAAAGAUGAAGCUACAGCACUUCCAUCAUUGCCGAUGCUCUGCAGCUCUGUUGGCUGCUUUUCUCUAAGGUCCCGGAUGAAAAGUGCAGGGAUCAAAAUGCCAAGCAAGUUACUCCAACUUAUUUCUGGAGGCAAAAUAAAACAUGCUGUGUUUCUUUCUCUCCCCCGCCCCACCCCAAAUCUUCAGGUAAAAGUCGGUGAUACACUGGACCUGAUAAUUGGAGAGGACAAAGAAACAGAAACUGCUGUAGUUAUGAGAGUUGUCUUAAAGAAGGCAUCCGACAAGGUCAACGAUGAAAAAUACAGAGUGGUGUUAAGGCGCUGGAGGAACUUAAAGGUGCCUAAGCAGGAUGUAUUUAAGUGAACUAGGAUUUGCAUGUGGCAGAGGUUUCCUUGUGAACAACUGUUGGUUAUACAAUAUAUGAAUUUUGGUUAAACAAAAUUCCUGCAUUCUUUUUUUAAAGAAAAUAAUAUUUAAAUGGGUAUGCGAUGGCAUGAUGCCACCUUCCUUACUGUGAACAUCACUUUGCCUGUGACUUUUUAGUUUACUGCUUUUGUUCCAUACUGACGGAGAAAGCAAUGUUUCUAUGAAAAGAUAGAACAAAGGAAUAAAAGGGAAGGCUAAUUUUAAAUAUUCUCUGCUUUUGUUUAAAUGACAUGACCCGGAAGCCCAAAACUAAACUUGAGUGGGAAGAAAGCCUGGCUUUUCUUUACUCAUUGUGUGGUGUGAUAACAGUAGCCAGUCAGUUCAGGAACCUGGUUUUUCCUGUUCUUUUUCUUUUUUAAAUAACCCCAACCUGGUAGAUUAACAAUAUAGCUUUCCAUUUCCAUGUGUAAUCACUGAGCUGUGGUGCUGAUGGUUUAUGGUUGCUUUCCUUUUACAUAUUGUCUGGUGGUAUCUUUUGUGAAAUGUAUUUUAGUAUGCUGGCUGCUAUGUUUACUAGAGCAGAGUUCCCUUACUCAUAGGGGACACGGGCAAGAUCAGGUAGGCCUAGUGCUUCCAUGGAAUUUGUCUCAGGAACUCCAGUGUAUAUAGGGAUUGGCUUAGCAGUGCACUGUGUUAUAAAGCCAUAGUCAUGUACACUGCACAUGAAAAAGCUCCAUGCUUGUUCCAGUGAGAGUAUGGACAUCUUAAACAUGUAGAUUGCUCCAUCACUUCAACCCAAGUGGUGGUUCUGGAUGCAGAGCCCCCUACAUCCAGAGUGAUCUCCUCUGCAGACGUAUACAGAAGUCUACAUGCACACUGGAACACAGAUGAGUCCCUGGACCAGACAGCAUAGGUCUACAAAUUUUAACGGGCGUUAGCUUUGUAUCACAAAGUACAGAGCUUCUGUUUGCAGGCAACUUAUUGUGUCCCAUGCAUUAAUUUGGACAUGCAGCUUAGUAAAACACCUGUAGAAUUCAGUUUGUUUCCAUAGCCACUGUAGAUUAUGGGCUCAUCCACACUUACCUUUUGCCCACGCUUUCUAGGCACAGGUUCGCACUUUAAAGCAGUUUCCGAGCAAUUAUUUUUUAUUUAUUUUUUGGCCGCAGCACUUUCCCCACGAAAAACUGCUCUUUAAUGCUGAAUUGGAAUGAAUGGUAAUUUGGGUUAGCUGCAGAUUGCUGUUUGCUCUGAUUCAGAAGUAGAGAGUGUGUCUUUGCGUGGAAAGCACUUGGGAAAAGAAAAAGUGCUCAGAAGCAGUGCUUUAAAGUGUGGACCUCUGCCUAGAAAUGUGGCACAAAAGUAAUUCUUGAUGAGCCCUUAGCAACCAGAUGAGGAAGUGCUAGAGGAUAAAGAGAAAAUCAUGUGAAAAUAUAAUGGUCGCCUUAUCUCCAACCCUCAUGUGAUAUAGGAAAUCAAAGCACAUGAUGCCACUUUAAAAGGUAAGUAUUGUAUGUCACCCUAAAUAUGCUCCCUCCCCAACACUGUUAUUUUUGUUAAUACAGAAUUGUGGCUGCCUUCAAAUGUCAUUUGUUGCCAUGUGAAUAAGAAAUCCUAGUGUUAAAACUAGCUUAAUAAAGUCCUUCAGAAUAUAUGAAACAGUGUAAAUGCAUUCUUUGUGCCCUUUAAAGAUUUGUAAGGACUAGUAAGGUCUUGGUUUUCAAAAUGAUUAUGAUGUACAUAGUGAAAUAAUUAUAGGACUGUAUCCAUUGGUUGUAUAAAGAGAAAGUAGACCUG